CUGAUGACAGCCUGCAGCCCCGCACCGGCAGAAAGCUCGUCGUCGUCUCCCGGACUGCGAGGAGGGAGAGACGUAAAGCCAGUCGGGGACGGCCGUUAGGAGUCCGGCGUGAGCGACUCGCUCCGACUCACAGGUGUGCAAAGCUCCCCUGAAGCAAGGUGUGCAGCAGAGCAUGUUGUGACAGCCAUGUCUCUGGAGAUGGAGAAGACCAUCACCAAGUUGAUGUACGACUUUCAGAGAAACUCAACCUCUGAUGAUGACUCCGGAUGCGCUUUAGAGGAAUACGCCUGGGUCCCGCCCGGCCUCAGUCCGGAACAGGUGCAUCAGUAUUACAACUCUCUACCCGAAGAGAAAGUCCCGUACAUUAACAGCCCCGGGGAGAAAUUCCGCAUCAAACAACUGCUGCAUCAGUUGCCACCGCAUGACAACGAGGUGCGUUAUUGUAACUCCAUGGAAGAGGAAGAGAAAAGAGAACUGAAGCUGUUCAGCAACCAACGCAAGAAGGACAACCUGGGCAGAGGCAACGUCCGUCCUUUCCCCUUAACCAUUAACGGGGGCAUCUGCGAUAAGUGCGGUGGUCAGUUAAAGGGAGGCGACAUCGUGGUGUUUGCCGCCAGGGCGGGUCACGGAAAAUGGUGGCACCCGAAUUGCUUUGUCUGCUGCAUGUGCGAGGAAAUGCUGGUGGAUCUCAUCUACUUCUACCAGGACGGCAAGCUCUACUGUGGUCGGCACCACGCCGAGAGACUGAAGCCCCGCUGCUGCGCCUGUGAUGAGAUCAUCUUUGCUGAUGAAUGCACUGAGGCGGAGGGCAGACACUGGCACAUGAAGCACUUCUGCUGCUACGAGUGCGGGACCACCCUGGGCGGUCAGCGCUACAUCAUGAAGGACGGCCGGCCGCACUGCUGCAACUGCUUCGAGUCCCUUUACGCAGAGUACUGCGAUGCGUGCGGGGAACACAUAGGCAUUGACCAAGGCCAGAUGACGUAUGACGGACAGCACUGGCACGCGACUGAAGAAUGUUUUUGCUGUGCUCACUGCAAACGUUCUCUGCUCGGUCGUCCCUUCCUGCCAAAGCAGGGACAGAUCUUCUGUUCACGGUCCUGCAGCGCUGGACAGGAUCCGGAUGAGUCUGAUUCGUCCGACUCCGCUUUCCAGAGCGCCCGAUCCCGUGAAUCUCGCCACAGCACCAAGAUUGGUAAAAAGGAGCGCAGGAAUGCCGAGCAGGAACGGAGGAACGUGGAGACCCGCCAUUCAGCUCCGCCACCGAUGCCUGACCGUCUGUCGGCUGAAAUCGAUCCGCUGACCGCUCAGAUGGAUCGCUUAAGCGUAUCGGCCGGCCAGACUCCGAGCAGGACGCCUAACCGCACUCCAAGCCGCACACCGAGCCGUACUCCGAGUCGCGCCCCGAGCCUUAACCAGGUGUGGAUGAGCAGAGAUGACCCUUAUGUCCCUGGUGCCUUUGAGGGACCCCAGCGAGAAUCCGCCCCCACCCCAACAUCCGUUCAUCUUUUGGGUCAGUGUAACGCCAGGCAGGGCUACAACCCCAACGCAAAUGUUCAUCCUCCAGCCCAGAGUCCUGCCAACCCAGGAAAGAGGCCUGAUUCCUGGGGGAAAGAGCAGGGCAAUUCAAAGAGGACACCUAUGGCUGCUCUAAGGGGGCACUCCUUCAACGAUAACUGGAUCCACCAUAGCCAGGAUGAGUUCAGACCUAACAAGCUGCGCACCCAAAUGAGUUUCAACGAGAUGUCGAGCCAGAACCAAGGAUUCCCUGACAAGAGGAGCAUUAGCCUUCAUGGAUUUCAGAGAGACGGAAGGCCUCCACUAACCAGACGGAACCCCAUCAAUGCCAUGAGCUUCAAUGAGCCGCUGACUCCAUUGGAACAGACACCCCGUGGCUCCAUGGACUCCAUCACUGUGUCGAAUGCUACAGCAGGCAAUUCUCUGGAUGGGGUCACCAAGCGUCAGGAGAAUUUGUCCAGGUUCUCCAUGCCUGAUCUGAGCAAGGAUUCGGGUGUAAAUGUGUCUGAAAAGAGCAACAUGGGAACUCUUAGCUCUUCGGUCCAGUUCCAUAGCACGGAGUCGCUGUCCUCUUCUCGUCCCUUUAACAACAACAUGUACACCCCGCACAGGGUGGGCUACCCACUGCAGUACUGGGAUGGCCCACAGCCCCUGGCUUUUGACGGCAAAGGUCGUGUCGGGGUGAUGGGCAGCAGCGGCAACUUGCGAAUGGCUCCCAUGAGCGACAGAAUGCCCCGUCGACUCAUAAGCGGGCAGGAAGUGGCAUCCCAGAAACAACAGGCUCAACCCAGACGUCGCAAACACCAUCGGGGGCAGCACCGCGGCGCCCGGCACCACAAACGCUCCCGUCGCUCUCGUUCGGACAACGCCCUGCACCUGGUGGCCGACCGACCGGCUCAAAUGGCAGAGCCGCCGUACCAUCGCGUCCAGGAGGAUUACGACCGCUUCCCUUCGGGUCACGCCGCCCGGGAGCUGUUCGGCCCGGAGUCCGGCGGGUGCCGACAGCAGCCCCACCGACCGUGUCCCCGCACCACUUCUGAUCUCACCCUGCAAAACGCUGGCUGGCAACCUGUCGGCUUGGGCGGGCCGUGCUGGGGCGACGGCUACGUGGAAGCCGCGGACCCCUGGUGCUCCAGCUGCUCCUCUUCCUCCGAAUCGGAGGAGAACGAGGGCUACUUCAUGGGCGAACCCAUCCCUCGGCCCGUGCCGCUGUGCUACAUCAACAACGAGGAGCUGCGCCAUCGCUACAGCCCCUCCGGAAUGGGCGCCCACCACGGACCACUGCACGGACCCAUUCACGGCCAGCUGCACGCCCGCCAGAGGAGGAAGAGCAAAAACUGCAUCAUUUCAUAAAUUUUAGACAUAAAUAACGGUGAGGGUAUAAGUGGAGGGGUGAAUGAGGUAAGAGAGACAGAUGAGGAGACCAUAAAAGCAACAGAGAGUGGGUAGCUGAGUGUGAGGUAGUGACAGCUAGUAUGUGUGUAGGGGUGGACGUAAAGAGACACUAGGCCUAUUUUUCAUGCUGUGAGGUUACACAACUCGGGUAGUGUUUGUGUACACCUACACGGAAUGAUCUAACCACAAGAGGAAGCUCAGUUGUCUUACACAACACAACACAAAACAAAACAAAAGGAAUGUUUACAACGUUGGAUGCCAACCUGACGACGAAGCACUGCUCAAUUUGACUACUAAAUACGAAGGUGGUCAAGGUAAAUAAGACUCGUUCCUGACUGUCUGUGCAUGUGUCCAUGUUCUAGGAAGAUCGAACAGUUGCUUUACCGGUACAUUAAGGAACUGGAGCGAUGUCAGCGUUCGGAGAUCGAACUUUGCCGUUCAAUGUAUCAAUGUGGACAAUGCGGAAGUCAGAGUGUCGGGCUAGCGAAGGCUACGUGCUGGAUUCCGAGCCGCGUCGUCGGUGGAAUCCCAAUGCUGCUGGAAUGGAGCGUUAGCUCGCUAGCCCGGUUAGCACCAUGUACAAAUAGUCUAUUGAACUUUGUGCUCUGCAUAGCCGACUCUCCAUGCUUUACCGAGGACAGAGCGCCGGCCGGCCGGCCGGCCGGGGGGCGGCUGGCCCCUCUGCUCCUUGACCAUUCAGGCACAGUAACGUCAGGUAUGGUCCCGUUUUCUCUUCUGCGCCAUGCUUUGUUUUUUUAGAGUAACUUCUAGGCAAAUCAAGAUAAUAAUGCUAACAAUAAAGAAAUAAUAACCACUCAUGCAAAUAAGAAUCUUACGGAAAUGAAAAAGAAUAGCUAUUAAAUGUUUAUAGAGUAAUACACAUAUUAAAGCGAUGGAUAUAGUCAUGUAAAUGUCAUGUACAUAUGGUCCUAAAUAUCUCUAUAUUUUGUAACUCGAGAAUCAUUCUUUGUAUAAUAUCAUGUAGAGAUAGGGAUUCUUGCAUGUCAUUUAGUUGU